AUGGCCCCUGGGGGUGCUGGGGACACCCCAGAGGUUGCGCUCUCCGGCCCCAGCAUGACCUCCCGUAAAUCAGUCACUGGUGGGGGGAAACGUGAUGAGGAGCUGAUUCUGCCCAUCAACUCUUCUCUGAGUGUUACUCUGAGCCAGGACCAGUUAAAAACCACCACCACGGCAGCCAUCAGCACGGACUUCACAGAGGACCGGAUUUGGCUGAAUGGCCGGGAGGAGGAUGUGGGGCAGCCACGCCUCCAGGCCUGCCUGAGGGAGAUCCGCCGCCUGGCUCGGAAGCGGAGGGGAGCAGGGGACGGGGACUCACCGCCCCUCAGCCUCAGCUACAAAGUACACGUGGCCUCCGUGAACAACUUCCCUACGGCUGCAGGCCUGGCCUCCUCCGCAGCUGGCUACGCCUGCCUUGCCUAUGCCCUGGCCCGAGUCUACAGGGUGGAGGGCGACCUCUCAGAAGUGGCACGCCGGGGCUCGGGCAGCGCCUGCCGGAGCCUGUACGGGGGUUUUGUGGAGUGGCAGAUGGGGGAGCAGGCGGACGGCAAGGACAGUAUCGCCCGGCAGCUGGCCCCCGAGGGGCACUGGCCCCAGCUCCGAGUCCUCGUCCUCGUGGUGAGUGCUGAGAGGAAGCCGACAGGCAGCACGGUGGGCAUGCAGACCAGCGUGGAGACCAGCGCCCUGCUCAAGUUCCGGGCCGAGUCGGUGGUGCCGGCGCGCAUGAGGGAGAUGGCCCGCUGCAUCCAGGACCGCGACUUCCAGCGCUUUGCCCAGCUGACCAUGAAGGACAGCAACCAGUUCCACGCCACCUGCCUGGACACCUUCCCGCCCAUAUCCUACCUCAAUGACACCUCCAGGCGCAUUAUCCAGCUGGUGCAUGCCUUCAACGCCUACUGUGGGCAGACCAAGGUGGCGUACACAUUUGACGCGGGCCCCAAUGCUGUGGUCUUCACCCUGGAGGACACCGUGGCUGAGUUUGUGGCUGCUGUGAAGCACAGCUUUCCCCCUGCUGCCAACGGAGACAGGUUUCUGAAGGGCUUGCCGGUGACGCCGGUCCCCCUCUCUGAUGAGCUGAAAGCCGCACUGGCUGGGGACCCCACCCCUGGGGGUGUGCAGUACGUCAUCGUCACUCAGGUGGGGCCUGGGCCUCAAGUCCUAGACGACCCUCAUGCUCACCUCUUGGGAUCGGAUGGCCUCCCAAAGCAGGCCUCUUGACCUGCCCCCCCAGACUCCAUCUUCCGCCCCCCCUGGUCCCCCAGCCUGGGGACCACAGGGCUACUGUGACAGAGUGCUAUGCUGUGCUGUGCUGUGGGGCCCAGUGGGGCUCACUGGCUUCUCCAGGCUGGAAUCAGCCUGGUGGUAUCCAGGGGCCCAGGAAGUGCCUCAGUUUUCCUAGUACUUCACAAGAUGGGCGUUGGGGCCCAGACAGCGGUGAGGGGCCCUCUCCGUGUUCCCCAGCAAGCUUACCAGGGAGUCACUGCCUCCCGAGCAGUGUGUGCUACGUGAGCCCAUCCUCUGUGGCCCUCAGGAAACUGGCCAAGGGCCUGGAGGACUCAGGCCAGCGGUGGGGAUUGGGUGUUUCUUUAUAGAAAGACAGCGGCCUCUCGUGAGGGGCGGUGCAGUGUGGGAGCUGGGCCUUGGUGGCCCACAGGA